GUUUUCUCUCCUCCCACUUUCUCUCUCCGUAACGGAAGUCAGCGUUACACACACCAUUAUGGGAUAAUAUUAAUGGUGGGCGCGUGAUUUUGAACGGAAAAUAUACAGAAUGCCUGCCGAGAAUACAGGCCCAGACAAAGAUGUCGUUGUGGGUAUUACCCAGACUCCGUCCGACUCCGAUACGGUGGGCCUGGCUUCCUCCUCUUCUUCCUCCUCCUCGUCCUCGUCCUCGUCGUCUUCGUCCUCGUCGUCGUCGUCAUUCAACGUGUUGGGCACGCUCCACUCGUCGCUGUCCUCAGCCUCUCUGUCGUCGUCUUCGUCGUUGUCCGGCGGCCAACUCAACUCCCUUGAAGAUGCCAACCUCGUUGUCACCAGUGCCGUCGCCGCCCCCAACACCACCACCGCAGCUGCCACCUCCACCAUGACCAACGCCGGGCCCUCGAACAUUGCUUCGGACUUCACGCCACAGCAGCAGCAACCGACUUUCCAAGAGGCCGGCGCUGGCAGCGUGAUUGUCGUCGACAGCAAACAGCAGCGGCAUUCGCUUCCCCUCUCCGGCACGUUCAUUGCCCUGCCGGACACUGGCUGUAACGACAGCGGCCUUACUGUGGUGUCGGGUGCUAAACCAGGGGCAACGUUUGACUGCAUCACGUUGCCGUCGGUAGUAGGGGCUACCAGUACCACUGUAAGUUCUGCUGCAAGUUCCGCUGCCGUGCCAACAGUGUCUGCUGACUUGGGUAACCUUGUUAUUAGUAGCAGUAGUAGCAACAGGCCAAUGCCGAAAGCUGCCGUGACGCCCACUGCGACAUAUGUUGUCGCUGUGGGGCCUUCUGAUGUGGCAGUUGGUAUGCCCCAUGCUAACAAGACCCUGCUCACUGCUGCCACCCCUUCUUCUACAGUGACUGCCACCACCAAACGCUCGUUGAUUGGGACUUCGAACAUGUCACCUGUUCUUGCGAAAUUCAUCAUCACAACACCGACGGGCAGCGCCACUGUUGCCACCAAGAAUGCCUCUUCUUCUUCCUCGCUCGACCAUCACCUCCAGCAGCAAGCGAUCCCGUUGCAAGUGCAAGGACAAAUGAUGACCCUCACGCAUCACUCAGCCGAAACCCUCAUGUACGCAGCAUCUGCAGCUGUCAGUGGGGAACAAGCCAGUCCAGGUCGUCUCCUAUUCGCAGGCGCCGGCCACCCUCCGGCAGGUCGCCGUCUGUACGCCUUCCAUUCAUCACACAGUCUCGGAGAAUCUCCAUUAUGUGAGGUUGGUCACGCCAAACACGCAGCAAGCAAAGACCACAACAGGGAUACAUAA